GCCCCGCACCUCUCCGCGUCGCACCGCACCGCACCGCACCUCCCUGCUCUGGGAACCCGGCUGCACAUUCCGCCGCGUACAGCUAGAUCUCCAGUCCCAUUGCACUGCCAGGAGCGAGCCGCUCGUCCCACACCCGAAGUCCCAGAUGGCUUCUGUGACUGAUGGUAAAGCCGGAGUCAAAGAUGCUUCUGACCAGAAUUUUGACUACAUGUUCAAACUGCUCAUCAUUGGCAACAGCAGUGUUGGCAAAACCUCCUUCCUCUUCCGCUAUGCCGAUGACACCUUUACCCCAGCCUUUGUCAGCACUGUGGGCAUCGACUUCAAGGUGAAGACAGUCUACCGCCAUGAGAAGCGAGUGAAGCUGCAGAUCUGGGACACAGCUGGGCAAGAGCGGUACCGGACCAUCACCACAGCCUAUUACCGUGGGGCCAUGGGCUUCAUUCUGAUGUAUGACAUCACCAACGAGGAGUCCUUCAAUGCUGUCCAAGAUUGGGCUACUCAGAUCAAGACCUACUCCUGGGACAAUGCGCAGGUUAUCCUGGUGGGGAACAAAUGUGACAUGGAGGAAGAGAGGGUUGUUCCCACUGAGAAGGGCCGGCUCCUUGCAGAGCAGCUUGGGUUUGACUUCUUUGAAGCCAGCGCCAAGGAGAACAUCAGUGUGAGGCAGGCCUUCGAGCGCCUGGUAGAUGCCAUUUGUGACAAGAUGUCUGAUUCGCUGGACACAGACCCCUCUGUGUUGGGCACCUCCAAGAACACCCGUCUCUCAGACACCCCACCGCUGCUGCAGCAGAACUGCUCAUGUUAGGCAAGGCCCACCCUCCUGAUUUCCCCUUCUUGUGACCCCACACCCACUCUGCUUCCUGCAUUACACUCUGUCCACCCCCAGCCCCAAGCAAGCUGAGUUGCUGCUGUUCUUUGCCUGCAGUGGAGGUGGAAGCAUGCCCCUCGAAUUCUCUGCAGAUGGCCUCCCUUGCAGACACCCAGCCCCAAACCAACAACCAGGUCAUGGCAUGGGUUAAGGUUCACUUUACAAAAGAAGACUCAAUCUUACAAAGGGGAUUCACUUCAGGGACGUGGAGAGCGAGUCUCUUUUCUGCCUUUAAAAUAAGAUUUCCUCCUUUGACCAAAAUUUGACACAUGCACACUUUUCAGGCCUGGCCAACUGGGUAAGUGAGGCCAACCUACACAGCUAAUCCUAUUAAAGAAAACCUCCUCAUACACAACAUGCUUGUUUCAUAUCAGACUCCCUGUGGGGCUUCCUCUCAAAGCCCUAUGCCUAUUACCAUGGAUGCCCACAGGGCCUGGGCAGUUGCUGUGGUGACAGGCCAGAGCUAAUCUCCAGAGAGCUCAGACUCUCUAAUGAUGCUGAAGGAGCAAAGGCUAAGCCAGAAAUACAUUUAAAAGAAAAUAUUAUUCCCUGCAAAAUGUCAAAGGUUCCUGCUAUAUUAAAGAGUAGACGAGUGAGCUCAAGAAAGAGAAAGAGAAAGAAAAGAGAAUCACAGGCAAGAUAAAGGAACAGGUCAUGACUUUCUGAUUUUGCUGCUUUCCAGGUGGUUCUUAACUGUGGGAACUCCAUGAAAUUGGUCUUUGUUUUUUAGACUCCCAGAAUUUGAAAUAUUUAGAGUUACCUGGUCUGACUAGUCAAUUCCAGUCUUCACAUCUCUGAUAAGUGGCUGUCAGACCUCACAACCAAAUCUCUUUCUUCUAAAGCAUACCUUCUAGGCAGGGAUGGGAGCUCGUUGUCCAUACCAUCUUUGGGCAACUCUCAUAAUUGAAAGUUUUCCUUGCUUUAGGCUGAAAUCUGUGCCCUGGCAAUUCUUCUUCCUCUUUUCACCCCAUUUGUACCAGCUCUGCUGUCAGAGACCUCACAGUCUCUGCCCCUUGACACCCUCAGAUAAUUUGAGAACAGAAAUCAUGACCUCUGCCUUUUCUCCAAGUCAGAUAGUUCUGCUGUUCUUUUGGUGUCUUCCCUCCAAACUGCCCUUUCCUCCAACCCAUCUUUCAAUCACUGCUGAGUAGUACAACUGGGAAAUGUAAUUUAAGGCAGAAUAAAUCUAGGGGGCAUGACCCUGAAAAAAUUGGGAAAACUGAACUCAGAGGUCCCAAUCCCAAACUCACCCUCCUGGGAGUGAAAUCUUAGUUUCCACUGAAGAGAGGAUGUGAAACCAUUCCUAGGGAAAGCUGCUUAAUUAAAGCUGCUUAGUCACAUAAUGAGUAAAAGGAAAAACCAAAACCAAAAUCAAAACCACAUGAAAACCUUUGACACCAGAAACAAAUGGAGUGGAUUCUAGCUUGUUUAGACAUGGCACAUGUUUGGUUUUUAGCUGAAAUAAUGACAUGGAACUAGCACUGAUUCUUGAAAAAUCUUUCCUCCCAGCCCUAGCCCGAAUCCCCACUUCCCCCUUCACUAACAUGCUACCUCAGAAGUUGGUGGGGGAAGGGGGAGAGUCUCUCCCAAGUUUUUUGUCCAUUCCAAAUGCAG